UGUCUGACUUUGAGGUGGACGAGCGGGCAGAGGAACCAACACUUUCGCAGCAUCUUUACCACUCGUAGCAGUAGCAGCCAUCAUGAGCUCAACCAACGACGACAAGAAGGCUGACGGCGGUGAUCUCGACGCUGUCACCGCGCGAAUCAACUCGCUGAUGGCAAAGACACCUGCCGCAGACGAAAAAAAGACAGGAGGAGCCGAGGGCGACGAGAAAAAGGAUACCCCAGCGACAUCCGCAAACGACUCCAAGCCGGCUGCCGCCACAGACAAGCCAGAAGCAGCAGCAGCCACCUCAUCCGCCGCCGCCGGUCCAUCAUCGCCGAAGCAAGAAAAGGACAAGGAUGGCAACCUCCUCGAGUCCAAAUACGACGUGACAGUGACCCUCGCAGACCAGCAGGCAGACCCCAAUUCACCCCUCUACUCGGUCAAGUCGUUCGACCAACUCGGCUUGUCCGAGGAGCUGCUCAAGGGUAUCUACUCAAUGAAGUAUCAGAAGCCAAGCAAGAUUCAGGAGAGGGCCUUGCCGCUGCUGCUGCAGAAUCCGCCACGCAACAUGAUUGGCCAAUCGCAGUCGGGUACAGGCAAGACGGCAGCCUUUGUCCUGACGAUGCUGAGCCGCGUCGACUUCUCGCUCAAUGCUCCCCAGGCCAUCGCCCUCGCUCCCUCUCGCGAGCUCGCCCGCCAGAUCAUGGACGUCGUCCACGAGAUGGGCAAGUACACCAAGGUCAAGACAGCUUACGCCAUUCCAGACGGCAUUCCGCCGAACACCAAGGUCGACGCGCAGAUCAUCGUCGGCACGCCAGGCAAGGCUUUCGACUUGAUCAAGAAGCGGGCGAUUGAUACCAAGAACAUCAAGGUCUUUGUGCUCGAUGAGGCGGACAAUAUGCUCGACCAGCAAGGGUUGGGAGAACAGAGUAUUCGUGUCAAGAACACAAUGCCCAAGACGUGCCAACUCGUCCUCUUCUCGGCCACCUUCCCAGACAACGUCCGCGAGUUCGCUGCCCGUCUCGCCCCGAUGGCCAACGAGAUUCGCCUGAAGCAGGAGGAGCUCAACGUGGACCUGAUCAAGCAAUUCUACAUGGACUGCAACAGCGAAGAGCACAAGUAUGAGGUUCUCGUAGAGCUCUACAACCUCCUCACCAUUGGCCAAUCCAUCAUCUUCUGUGCCAAGCGCGACACGGCAGACGAGAUUGCGAGGAGGAUGACAGCCGAGGGGCACAAGGUGGACUCGUUGCAUGGAAAGCUGGACACCGCAAGUCGCGAUAGGACCAUCGAUGCUUUUAGGGAUGGCAAGAGUAAGGUAUUGAUUGCGACGAACGUCAUUGCGAGGGGUAUCGACAUCAUGCAGGUCACGCUCGUCGUCAACUACGACAUGCCGGUGACGCAGGGUGGGCAGCCGGAUGCUGAGACGUAUCUGCAUCGUAUUGGUCGCACCGGAAGAUUCGGUCGCAAGGGUGUGUCAAUCAACUUUGUCCACGACGAGGCCAGCUGGAAGCUCAUGAAUGGCAUCGAGCAGGGUGAGCGGAGCGCAGCGCGAUGACGAAGAUGAAAUCGACCACGACGAAGCUGACCAACUCGACCUCCCUUUCCUCGCGCAGCCCUGUCGUGCGAGAUCCUCAGAGUGGGUAC